AUUUUUCAGAUUUUAGCGGUAAAUUUACGUUGCAUCGCCAGCGGAAAAAAAGUUAUUAAUAUACAAAAACCGUCGCGCCGCACGGACAGAUGGUUUUGGGAUGUGGUUGAAGCAUCGGGUUUGGAGCCGCUUACCCGGACUAAUUUUAGCGUGCUUGACUACGGGCUCCUCUGGGCAUUUGUUGAAAGAUGGCAUACGGAGACGAGUUCAUUCCACAUUCCAUUGGGUGAGCUGGCCAUCACAUUGGACGAUGUCCAGUGUCUGUUGCAUAUUCCGAUCGAGGGAAAGUUUCUGAACCAUGGCAAAAUGUCAAGGGAUGAAGCGGCUGACAUGGUUAAUUCAUUUCUAGGAGUUGAUCGGAAUGUUGUUAUGGGUCAUUUUGCCAAAAUGAACGGGCUCCAUCUGAAGCAUUCUGACGUGGAGGAUAUCUAUAGUGUUAACCACGGAUUAGCUGAUAAAGCUGUUGCUGAAGGUAAGUCGGCGCAUGAGAUUAAGCUGUAUAGGGACAGGUCCAUACGGGCUUUCUUGCUAUUUUUGGUCUGUUGUACCAUAUUUAGCAACAAAAGCAGUUACUACGUGGACGUAGUAUACCUGCAGUAUUUUCAGGAUUUGUCGGCUGUCCGUGAAUGGAAUUGGGGUGCUGCUGCUCUGGUUCAUUUGCAACAUUAUCUGGAUGAUGCGUGUUUGGUGACAGUGAAUCAGAUGGCUGGGUACAUGUCUUUGCUUCAGGGCUGGAUAAUUUCUCAUUUUCCGGGACUUAGCGUGUGGGCGCAGGAUCCUAUCUAUUCUGAGGGCAUGCCUCGAAAUGCAAAGUUUGUUCCCGGAGCUGGACAUAGGGAACCAAGUAGCUAUAGAAACAGUUUGGAUAAUAUUCAGACGUAUGACUGCGUAUUCAGUCCAUAUGAUGAUCACCGACACGUCCGCCCUUUGAUAAAUUCAUGCUGGUUUUCUGGAUGGUUGAGAUGUGGUAAUUUGAAAGCAAAGCAUUUGCCUGAACGCGUGCUUAGACAAUUUAAACAUGUCCAAGGCAUUCCUAGAAAACCGGAUUUGUCUGCGACUCCGGGGAUGAGCCUAUGUGAGAUUGAUCGUGUUUUUAUGGAGGAGUUGGAUUUGAGGAUGAUUGCUGAAGAGAUGAGGGGUCAGGCUGUGGUUAGCGCAUGGGACCAUGAACCUGGAUACAUGACAUGGUUUUACAAAGUGUCGCAUCCAGUUAUGCGACCCGUACAAGCUCCGGUGUCACCACCAAGGCCACCUAACUUAGAGGUGUUGAUAGAGGCCGCGGAAGCAAGGAAUGACCCUAACAUGCUUCAGGUAUGCCGUGGUGUUAGGGAUGAGGUGGAGAGGUCACUUCGCGAAGGUGAGGCGGUGGAAGGAACUCCUGUUCAUGGUACUUUGCGGAGGAUUUUGAAUUUGCUUAACCCUGUUUUGACGUGUCGGCGACUUAAGCGGGGUAGAGGGAGACGGUACAACACUCGAGAGUAGGCUUAGCUAAUAUUGUAACUCAGUUGUUGUUUAAUGUAAUUUUAUUAUUUGAAUUUGUCGAAUUUGGAUGUAGUCUGAUUCAAACAAUUUGGUGUAUUUGACUACGUUUAAUUACCCGUUACC